AUGAGCCCUUCGCGGAGUCAGACAAAGGGUCCGGAAGAGGACAGUGAGGGGUCAAAUAUAGCGUCUGGUGAAAACAAAGCAGUGCCGCUGUCCACGACCAGCACGAGCGAUUCGGAUGAUGUUAUCCCAGCGAAUUUGUCAGAGCUGCUCCCGGUCAGCCAGAAUAACAACGAAGGGGGCAACAACGACAACGUCGACAGUGAUGAAGACAGCGCCGAAGACGACCCAGAGAUUGUGACCUCGUCAUCUCCAACCACAACUUCAUCAACAUUCUCGUCUGCGACCGAAAAUCAGGUGACAGUGACAACGGUGUGUGGGUACGGACUUUGGAAGCGAUUCGCCCAGCAGCUUCAAGCGAUGCAGCCAGUCAAAUGUACCUGGCGCUCGGUGAACUCCACUGAGGUUGGAGAAAUUGAUUGUAUCGACAACCGAAGGAUCCUGGCGACUGGGUUCGAGUAUUGCGUGACAUGGAUCGACGACUCGGACCUGAUUUUGCUACCGCGGGACCAGUCGAUCGAAGACGGCAACGCAUAUUGCGUCAAAACGCUUGAGACGUGCCUACCUCGGUAUUCAAAGCGUGAGCUGUCAUACCAAGCAAGCAUCAGUAGAAACGCAAAAUCCUUUAUCGCAGUUGCCGACGGAAAAGGCAAUGCGUGCUUGUCACAUGCGGCCCAGAUGGCACUCAAGCUCCUCGGCCACCAACAAGAGAGCGCACAACUCCGAAAGAUAUGGGCAAAGUAUCCACAGAAUGCGGAUAACUCCAAGGUUCCACUCAACGAAGGCGUUCACAAGCAAAAUACUGCUCCAAUGCGAUCCCAACGUGCGGUAUGA